UUAAAGAGUUUAAAAAUACACCACAAACAUCUUUGAUAUACUAAUUUUGGAUUUUUUUUCCCCUUUAUUCUCGACUUUGACGAAGGUAAAUAGGGAAAGAAAAAAAAAAUUCCCUUCUCCUUCUUCUUCUUGUUUUGGUUUUCACCCAACUUAAAUUCUUAUUGGAAAAUAAAUAAAUACUACUCCUUAUUAGCAUUCACUAGUCCAAUGCAAUGUCUUGUUUCUUUUUCCUUUUUCAGAUUCCAUAAAUACUCUCUUUUCUUGAAUUUAGAGUCACUCCACCACUCUCCAAAAAAAUAGUUUUAUUCCAAUUCUUGAUUUGAUCUUUCCUGUUAUUUAAUAAGAGAAACCCUAGUAUUUUUGUAGGUGAAUUAUUGGGUAUAUUUGUUUUGGAGGAAUUUCAGAUCAGUGUGGAAGAUGGCAAUAGCUGGAGCAGAACAGCUUAAUCUUACAGAAGCACCAACAUGGGGUUCUAGAACUGUUGAUUGUUUCGAAAAAUUGGAGCAGAUUGGUGAAGGCACUUAUGGUCAGGUGUACAUGGCAAAAGAAAUUAGAACAGGGGAAAUUGUUGCUUUGAAGAAGAUACGCAUGGACAACGAAAGAGAAGGGUUUCCAAUAACUGCAAUACGUGAAAUUAAAAUCUUAAAGAAGCUGCACCAUGAAAAUGUGAUUGACCUGAAAGAGAUUGUAACAUCUCCAGGUCGUGAGAAGGAUGAGCAAGGAAGGCCAGAUGGUAACAAGUAUAAAGGUGGAAUCUACAUGGUCUUUGAGUACAUGGACCAUGAUUUGACUGGGCUUGCUGAUCGUCCUGGAAUGAGAUUUUCAGUUCCGCAGAUUAAGUGUUACAUGAGGCAGCUUUUGACAGGACUUCACUAUUGUCAUGUGAAUCAAGUACUUCAUCGUGAUAUUAAAGGUUCCAAUCUUCUGAUUGAUAACAAAGGCAAUUUGAAGCUUGCCGAUUUUGGGCUUGCUAGAUCCUUCUCAAAUGAUCACAAUGCAAAUCUUACAAAUCGUGUGAUUACUUUAUGGUACAGACCACCUGAGCUGCUUCUUGGGACCACAAAGUAUGGUCCAGCCGUUGAUAUGUGGUCGGUUGGUUGCAUCUUUGCUGAGCUGCUUCAUGGAAAACCAAUCUUUCCGGGGAAGGAUGAGCCAGAGCAGCUGAAUAAGAUUUUUGAGUUGUGUGGCUCUCCAGACGAGGUUAAUUGGCCUGGAGUUUCCAAGAUUCCAUGGUACAACAAUUUCAAACCAACAAGGCCAUUGAAAAGACGUCUAAGGGAAGUUUUCAGACACUUUGAUCGACAUGCUUUGGAGUUACUUGACAAGAUGCUGACCCUCGACCCAUCUCAGAGAAUAUCAGCCAAGGAUGCACUUGAUGCCGAGUAUUUCUGGACUGAUCCAUUACCUUGCGACCCAAAGAGUUUGCCAACCUAUGAAGCUUCACAUGAGUUCCAGACAAAGAAAAAGCGACAGCAGCAGAGGCAGCACGAGGAAGCAGCUAAACGUCAGAAAUUGCAUCACCAGCAGCAGCAUGGUCGACUUCCACCAGUUCAGCAGUCAGGGCAAGGACAUCCUCAAAUGAGACCAGGGCCAAAUCCCAUGCAUGCAUCCCAUCCUCAGGCUGCUGGAGGACCUAGCCACCACUAUGGAAAGCCGCAUGGACCUCCGGCAGGACCAAGCAGAUAUCCAGCUGGUGGAAAUCCUUCUGGAGGAUAUGGUCACCCUACUCGUGGCCAAGGUGGAGCUUAUGGCAGUGGUCGGUAUCCACCUCAAGGAAGGGGUGCCCAAUAUGGUUCAGGAGGAAUGCCAGGAGGCGGUGGUCCCAGGGGUGUUGGAGGCCCUAAUUAUCCUCACGGUGCUCCGUAUGGUUCUUCUGGUUCUGGACGUGGCUCAAAUGUCAAUCGCAACCAACAACAAUACAAUUGGCAGCAGUAAUGCUUCAUUCCUGCUACUAUACGGUUAGGAAAAUGUGCAAACUCUAUGUGAAAUAUAAGAAGCAAACUGUGGAUUGGAACGUUCCCCGCUUCAUUGGUUUUCUGUUCCGUCACAUGCGUUCCCCGCUUCAUUGGUUUUCUGUUCCGUCACAUGCAUGGCAAGAGAAGGGAGACAGCGUGUGGGAGGUCGUCGAAUGAACCUGUUUAUACGGGGAAGUUGUCAUACUGAAGGUUACGUAAAAUAUAUACUGUUAUGUUCUAUGGACAUUGUCUUAUGUUGUCUAUCCUCCUCCAAAUUUACUUGUGAACAGAACCUUAAAUUUAAACUCCGCUAAGGUUCCUCCAUCUGCAUCGACAAUCUUCCUUUUGUUUGAACAUUGAAGUCUGCUUAUUAUGAAUCGUAAAUUGAGAUCCAAA